GCGCGAAAGCCACGUGACUCGUUAGAUUAUAAAAAAAAACACAAUUCAGUUUCAUUAAACCUUUCUCAUAAUAACGCUUAAAAUGUUCGCAGCAUAAACUUAUUUAAAUGGGACAAGAAUAUUAAACUUGAAGAUAAAAUUAUUUUGAAAUGUUGAUGCAGUCUCGUUGAUGUCUGCUGGUCUAGAUUCUGUAUAUGCACUAUUUGUACCUACAUUUAUGUAUUCUACGUAUUUAUCGGGAACUUUGCUCCUGUUUUCUUUAGGAUUUCCCCUAUUCUUUAUGUUUAUAGAUUAUACAUAUUUUGAUGUGGAAAUAUACACGGUUUGCCAUAAACCACAUCACAGAUCAUAAAAAAAUUGGGGCAAACGGGACACUUUUUAAUCGUUCAAAAAUUCAAUUAUAAAUGGAAUUGUGUGUGUAAAUAAUGGAUUAUUUAAUAUGUACAGAUUGUGUUCUAUAUAGCUAAUGAGAAAAAUAAAUAAAGCAUCGUUAUGGCGGUUUUUACAGCGGUUUUUGGCCCACGGGCACACUCAAUAGCCAUAUACAUAUUUAAUGUCAGGAAUUUUAUAUGCACCACAUAUUAUUAACUGAGAUAACACAAUUUGCGCUUGAAAAUGUUGACUUUACGAUCCGUUCUUUAGGGGAAUCGGGCAAGUCCUGUCAUGUUUAUUGGAAUAACUCGACCGCCGUCUGGAUAUUUCACGCGCGUUGAAUACAACUCGGCGGCCGGCGAACAUGCGUGCGGCGGCGCCGUUAUCGGCUGGAGAAAUCGAAAGUCACACGUUAAAGCAUGAGCGGUGGCGGGAAGUCGUCCCGCAGCCCCAAGACGUUCCUUGUCGCUCAAUAAGUGGUGCGCUUCUGAGCACCGUCAUCGCAAAAGAAAUACGGUCGGGCCCACGGUCGAUAGACGUUUGGGCGCAAGCGCGAGUUAAUGCUGCCACAGAAGCCGAGAGAUCGCAUUAGUCUGCCGGCAAACCGAAAAGCGGUGGUGGUUGAAGCGUCCGCUCGGGCGCGGCGGACGUAAGCAUGACGCCGACUCGGCCGCGCAGCGUGCGAUGUCUCGCGGUCGUAUUUUCCCUCGCAAUCGCCUGGCUGCCGCAUGCCGACCAAGCAGGCGCGGGCGGUGGGGGCAUGUUCGGUGACGUCAACAUCUCGGCCAUUUUGGAUUCUCUGAGCGUCAGCUACGAUAAAAGAGUGAGACCCAAUUAUGGCGGACCACCUGUCGACGUGGGCGUCACCAUGUACGUGCUAUCCAUCAGCUCCCUAUCUGAAGUGAAAAUGGAUUUCACGCUGGAUUUCUACUUCAGACAGUUCUGGACAGACCCGAGGUUAGCGUAUAAAAAGAGGCCAGGCGUAGAGACAUUAUCUGUCGGAUCCGAGUUUAUAAGAAACAUUUGGGUCCCGGAUACAUUUUUUGUAAAUGAGAAGCAAUCUUACUUUCAUAUCGCUACAACAAGCAAUGAAUUCAUUCGAAUUCAUCAUUCUGGAUCCAUCACACGCAGUAUAAGAUUAACAAUCACCGCAUCGUGUCCCAUGGAUCUCCAGUACUUCCCAAUGGAUCGUCAAUUAUGCAACAUAGAGAUCGAGAGUUUUGGCUACACCAUGCGGGACAUCCGAUAUAAGUGGAACGAGGGCCCCAACUCCGUGGGCGUAUCCAGUGAAGUGUCUCUGCCGCAGUUCAAGGUGCUCGGCCAUCGUCAAAGAGCUAUGGAGAUCUCACUUACCACAGGAAAUUAUUCACGCCUGGCUUGUGAAAUCCAAUUUGUGCGUUCGAUGGGAUACUACUUGAUCCAGAUUUAUAUUCCAUCUGGUUUGAUCGUGAUAAUAUCGUGGGUAUCGUUUUGGUUGAACCGAAACGCGACUCCUGCCCGCGUGUCACUUGGAGUGACUACCGUGCUGACCAUGACUACCCUCAUGUCAUCUACAAAUGCAGCCUUGCCCAAGAUAUCGUAUGUCAAAUCUAUUGAUGUUUACCUUGGUACCUGCUUCGUGAUGGUCUUCGCUAGCCUUUUAGAAUAUGCUACCGUCGGCUACAUGGCUAAGAGAAUACAGAUGAGGAAGCAACGAUUCACCGCCGUUCAGAAAAUGGCAGCUGAGAAGAAAAUGCACUUAGACGGGCCACCUGGCACAUCGGAACCACUACCACCACCUCGAACCAGCACGCUAACUCGCCCUGCUCCACCAAGUCGAUCCUCGUCGUACAAUCCCCACACGCAGGAGGUCCGCUUCAAAGUUCACGAUCCAAAAGCAUAUUCAAAGGGCGUCACUCAUGAAAACACUAUCAAUGGUGCUCGUGGGCCUCCAGCACCCGCCCCGCCUGCCCCACAACCGGAAGAGGAAAUCCCACCACAUCUUCUCCAGGCCUCAAAGAGCAUCAACAAAUUGCUGGGCACGACACCAUCUGACAUCGACAAGUAUUCACGCAUCGUUUUCCCAGUGUGCUUCGUUUGCUUCAAUCUAAUGUAUUGGAUCAUUUAUCUGCAUGUGUCUGACGUGGUUGCCGAUGACCUGGUUUUACUCGGCGAGGAACAUUGAAUUAUACAAGUACAACAAUCUGGCGCAAACAAUGGUACUCGACAAUGGUAUAUUAUAGAACUCUUGACAACGUAGCAAACUAUCCGAAAUACAUAAUAUCACAUGUAUUUACUUCAUUUACGAUGUAAGCGGCACGGGAACUAAUCGUGACUAAAUUCUUUUAACCCAUAAAGAUUUGUGUCAAUCUAUACAAAAUUUUAUGUAGUAUUGUUAGUUUUUAGUAUCAUAGUUUCUACAAAGUAUCCUAUAAGUAUUGAUUAGACAUGAAUUAGUAGCAAUAUACUAUGAGAAUACUUAGUACUAAAACUAAUGGACAUGUCAUUUACUGAAAAUUUAUCAUACGAAUUAAUUUAUUUAAAUUCAGUGGGUUAUUUUUAAUUCAUUAUUUUUAAGAAUGUAUGACUAUUAUUUGUUAAUUUUGUAUGGAAAAAUGAAUGGGAAAUCAAGUUAGUGCCUCCUACAUGAUACCUGACUUAGAUUCAAGAGUUUCCUAAAUGAAAUAACGUAAUAUAAGAUAACGUAAAAAAUAUAUAAAAAAAUGGGGAAGGAAGAAAAGAACGUUGAAAAUGCAAGAACUCCGAGUUAAAAUGACCACGGGUAUGUUAUAAGGUGAAAUGUAAAUACUUAUACAUAAAUCUGUAUUACUAAUGUACUCGAUACGAUUAUUCUAGUUUUGUAUAUGUAAAAAAUAUAUUUAUAUAAUUUUUUGUUUCAUCUUAAGAAUUAUACACCGGUAACACAAUAUUAAAAUUUAGUGCACAGUACACUUUUUUCUACGUGCUUAGAUUAAAAUUACCUUUUUAUUAUUGUCGCAGUGUUAUAAGAGAAACGGUUUUCAAUAAAACGAUGAAUUAGACACACGACAACGGUGAGUAAAAUUAAUAUAAAACGCGAAUCAUUGAUGAAUUGAAUUAUAAAUGACGGUUAAACGUGCGUUUCCAUAAUUGCGUAUGGCUAUGAGACAAACGGUAUUUCUAAUAGAAUUCUUCAGUGUAUUAUCGAAAAACACUAGAUUUUUAUAAAAAAAGUUACUGAUUACAGAAAAUUACAAUAACGAGGAUAAGCCCUAGGAUAACGAGAGAAGCUAGUUCCUUAUAAAUAAUAGAUUAAGUAUCUCCUAGGUUUUAUUAAAAAUGGUUUUCAUUAUUUCCCUGUGGCAAGAUAACUUAACAAGAGACGUUAUUGGAUAUAUUAAAUUGAUGUAAUUACCGAUGCCUGUUCCUUUUUGACAAUAUUUUGCUGUGUUUAUAUAAAUAAGUUAUCGAAGCUAUAUAUUUAGUUUUAAGGCGCCCGUCCGCCAAGAUAAUACGAAAGAUGAGCGAUAAUUUGGUCUCACUUACGAUGAUACACCCCUUGGGAUUGGUAUUAAAAAAAUAGAAUCGAUAUUUCUCGAAUUUUUCUAUUUUGUCAUUCAUCUUUCUCAUUUGAGGUACAUUUAUUCUGAAUGAAAGCGGUGUAAUUCGAAAUAAGAAGUUUUCAAUUAACGUUUUCAAUGACAUAUUCAAAGGACGAAAGGUUGUAUAUAAUGUGAAACGUAUUGAGAAAACAUUCUACAAUAAUUUUAAUAUUAUCACAUGUAAAUCUUUUCUGACAUAGCCAAAUAACCUAAUACGAAAUUCCGCCGUAAACUAAUGUAUGCUUUAUUAUUAAUGAACAUUAAUACUAUAAAAGUUUCGUCUAACAAAACACAUAGGUAAUAACUACAUUUAACUACAUUCUAAACUCUUUGUAAAACCGAACCGAUUCUAAUAUUCCCUUUUUCUUUCAUAAACCCAAAUAAUUUCACAUUUGAUAAUAGAUAAUAUACAUAAUAUAAUAUUUACAAUGUAUCUGUGAAUAAUUAGUGAUUGAGGAAAUAUUUGUACAAGUAAAUAGUGCUGUGAAUUUUAAUUUGUUAAAAUAAGAUAUUUUUUACGAAUUUUAAUGGGAAUAUAAUGUUUAGUUCUCGGAGGCUUGUAACCGGGGAUAAAUAUUGUUGGUAUUGUUUCCACAUAAAGAUAUAAGCAAUCGCGUGAAAUAAUUCUAUAAGUGUUAUGUACAUAUACUAUAAAUAUAUCUCGUUACAAUGAAAAAACGCGUAAAAAGAUUUGAAGAAAUGAAAAGGCACUUCAAUUUAGUUUUAUCCUUAGCUCCAUCGAAGUGCUAUUUUUAUAAUUUUCGCAAUUAUCAUUGACAUAAAAAAUUUUGUCUGUCGACCCGCAAAUGAAAAUCCGGCCCAAAUUCUGUAUAAUUUUCAUAGAGUUUAAACCAUUAUUACGAUAUUACACAUACAAAAUGUAUUUAAUAUUAAUACAAAAUGUAGGCUAUAAAAUUUACGUAAUUCUAAAUUCUGUAGCAUUUGCCCGUAACCUUGGCUAGUAUCAAAGCUAAUGGCAUUGUUAAUUAUUUGAUGAAAAUGGUAUCAUAGAAAACAAGUUUACAAGCUUAAAACAUAAUGUAAUGAGUAAUUAUGUGUUUACAGCUGUAAUCUUUUAACGUUUGCGAUCGCGGGCUAUUUGAUUAGGAUAACUCCACAUUCAUUUGAUAGGCAAUUUAACAAACCAUGGUUCAUUGUUAAUCGGAUAAAUCAUGAUUCAUUGUAAAUAUGGAUUGUUUCAACUGAUUUUCCGAAAACACUUGAACAUUGCCAGUUUGAAGCGUAAGCAAUAUAACACUCGUUAUCAAGUCGUAGACUAAUUUAUUCAUGACUUCUCACUUUUGUUGUGUUUGUUUGGAAAUGUUAUUUAUAAUAUGUAUAUCAAGUUAAGUGUUAAAACGUUUUCUAGAGUUUAGUUAUCAUUAUAGUUUUUUUUUAACUAUUAAAUUUCAAUAUUAUGGGAAACUGUACGAACCAUAUUGGUGCAAGCCGAUGGGGAACAUAAUAACGUCUAAACAUGCUCAAUGUUUUAUUAAAAACUAUUAGUGUAGGAGAAUUGUAUAGGAAUAUAAUUAUAGUAUCAAGAUACUGCGCUACAUUUCAAUUGAAUCUUACGUUGUUCGAGGAAUAGACAAAUUUUAUAGAAUUUAUAUAGGUAAAGUGGAUUGACAUCAGUAGGAAAAAAAACUUUGAUAUGAAUAGAUCUGAAACUCUUUUGUUGCGUCUCCGCAAAAAAAUCGCGUGUAUGUAAUCUUCUUGUAAAGUAUUAUUAGAUCCUAACAAACAAAAUAAAAUUUAUUAACACAUGUAAAACUUGAGCAAUCACGUUGUAAAAAUAUAUAUUUUUUUGAUACAAAUAAUAUAACGUUACCCGUUAAGUUUGUCAAAGAAAUAUCAAGACGCUACGUUACUUUAUGCAUAAUAAUUUUAUGAAAGCGAUUAUUCAAAUUUCAAAUUAACAUAAAUGUAAAUUACUGCACUUAGCUAGUAAGGAAGUAGAGUAGCUUAGCGUGAGAGGGAGUGGUCGGAUUGCGUCUGCUUGGACUGUGCAAGGUCUGUAGGGGGUGCGCGUAUGCACGGUGAUUAGUCUUAAGUCAAAACAUGAAUUAAUAACCACGCUAAAGAGAUAUUAGAGACGCAAACCGACCGCAAACCUCCAUUGCGAAACCAAAUUCUAAAUCACAUUUAAAUAAACGUUAGAAUAAUAAAAAUAUAUAUAUUGAGAUAUAAAAUCGAGUUAGUGAAUUAAUAUAAUGUUUAUAGGUAUCAAUUAUUCAAUGCCUAUAAUAUAUCAAAUUUCAUACUUAGCGUUCGAAAGCAGUGGAUAUGCACUCAAUACAGCAUUUUAUAACAUUUGGAAAAUAGUAAUCAGUGCAAGAGGACUGUUCGUGUUCAGAUGACGUUGCUGAGAGCGAAUAUUAGAUAAUGUAGGUAACGUGUAAAAGUAUAUACAUAAAAUAGGAAUUCAAACUACAAUAGUUGACGUGAUAAAUAGCAACAUCGACGCCAUGCCGAACUCGCCGAUAACAUAACAGACGAUCGGAUGCCUUUAUCGUAUUAUGAAUUACAGAUUAACAGAUGCAUCUAUUUUUGUCAAAUUUGAUGGUCCGGGCCUGCAAAAAGCACACGCAAGCAUAUUCAGAUUGCAUAAAGUAUUGUAGAUAUGCAUAUAUAUUUUUAUUAUUGUACAAGUCACGUUUAUAUUGUAGAUACAUUUCGUAAUUUUAAUACAUGAUUCAUAGAUGUUGAUUUAAAAUACAAAUGAUCGUUGUAUUAGAAUUUGAAUUUCGUACAAAAACGAGAUUACGUGCCAAAUUCAGGCUGUUUUAUAAUGUCCGUCUCGAUGUUUUCUGUCACGAAAUAUAUCACAUUCCUUCGAGAUUGCUAAACGUUUCUUCUAAAGUAUCGAUCACUUGGAUAUCACUAUUUAAAUGAAUGUGAUUACAUACGUAAUCAUUUCUUCUUCGUCGCGUGACGAUUUAAUCAUUUAUAAAUGUAAUAUGUUGCUUUUUAAGUGUAAUAAUCGUGCAGUAUUAGAUCGUUACUUAACGUUUCACGAUAUCUAAACUCACCUAAAAUUCGCUUAGAAUCUUCGAAAUCACUAACGCGGUAAAUCGAUCCGAGAGAAGCUAAGGCGAGCUCCAUAUCUAUUAAAUUAAAUUCCCCGUGGUCCACUUGAAUAAUAUCAACAUCUUAGGAUAUGGGAUUCCUUUCGGUGCUAUUGACUGACUACCAUUUCUUCAAUUCUCGUUUUUCGAGCAGGACAGUAAUUAUGAUGUGAUAUAGGAGAUUGGAUUAGGUAACAAUUAAAUAAUAAACUUGAUGAUGUUAUCUUUAAAUUUUCUAUGAAUUUAUGGAUUCAAUCUUUGUUCUCAUAUGAUACGCUCAUGAAUAUUUUCACAUGAUUUAUCGUAAUUGUAAUUGUUUUCCCUUUAAUAUAGUUCUCUGUAUAUGCUCUCAGCAUGUGAAUUAAUUUUUGGAGUAUUUUUAACGAUUCGGAGAUGAAAUGACAACUGCGAACCGUUAUUAAAAUGCUAUUGAAAGGUUUCAUGAAAUUUGUAAAAACCUUCAGAUAAAGUGUAUAAUAUUAUAUUUUUAUUGUUAGUAAAAAUAUUUUAAGUUUUCUCUUAAUAAGGACCUCGAACUAUUGUUUCGCAAUAUAAUGUAAAUUUUUGCUAAGCAAUUAGCAUUACAUACCAAUGAUAAAAUAACUAAUCGAAUCAACUUCACUUAUAUUUAGACCUUAUCCGUAAACUAACAUUUAAAUAACGCAACCUUAUACUGAACCACAUUUGUUAUUUAAAUUCGGUUCGAUUAAAACGAUAUUACUGCGCUUUUUACAAAUUGCUCAAACCGUCUUGUAGAAAUUGUUCCAAGAUUUUAUUUCACCGGGAUAAUGUUUCGACUAAGGAACAAGGUUUGUUCCGCGGGUUCAGAGUAAUGUUUCGGGGAAGGUAUAAAGGUGAGGUUAACACCGUCCGUCUACUGUUAAUUACUCCUUUUCGUUAUUUUACACGUCAUUUACUCCCACUAGCUUUAACUAGAGGUACUCAAUGGAAUUAUCGAUUGUCAGUAUUAAAGAGGUAAGGAUGUAUUAAUUAUAUGAAUUUUUUUGUUAUUUCAAAAUCAACUAGUGACAGACAGUGUUUUCGGCGUAGCAUCACGAAAAAUGUAUUAGUUUUUUAAUGGAAUUAUAAAUUGUGACUGUUUAGUUCUGGCUGGCGAUAGAUUAUGCCUCUCACAUAAUUUGAGAUGGUCACUUAAUAUGACAGUAUAUUGGCAUCGUAUAGAACCAACUUCAAGCUUUCGAAGAGAUGUUAUUCAAGCCUUAUGAUAACUCUUCUUUAAUUCUGACAACAUCGUUUUUAAUACUAUAUUCGAUUGGACUUUUUUCAAUUUUGUUUUAACUGUGCUGUUUGCAGAGCUGUAUUGCCAAACUAAACGUUUUCAUUGGUAUCAAACAAAAACUAUUGGUAUUAUAAAUGUUAUCUUCUUAGUUAUAUAAUUUGAGACUGAAUUAGGUGAAUAAUCAUUUGUUUGAUGUUUAUCAAUAAAGCGUCUAUCUUAUUUACUGUUCUGUAAUCUAUUGUGGUUAUGUUUGCAUUUAAAAUGUCAAGAAUUUUAAACUAAUUGUUAUGUAAUAUGUUAAGAGUUUAUUACAUAUUUUAGUUUAGAUGAAGUCGUAAUACGAUCUUGUAUCACAAUGAUGGUUUUAAGAAAAUAUGUUAAUGUAUAGAAGUAACAGUUAGUGUUAUCAGCAAUUUUAAUGAUUUUUGUGAUAUCGUUCUGAAAGUGUUUCUUAGCAUAUCUUUUAAUGCGUUAUAAUCAAAUUUUAAGCGUUCUGUAAUAAUCAUAGUUUUAAAAUAAUUUUAUUACAAAAAUGUGAUACUAAAUUAACAUAAUUAAAAUCUUACAUUCAAAUCCUGCACUAAAAUAAAAUGUAAUAGUAUAAAUAACAGAUUCUGCUAGUUGAAACUAUGUGUAGUCAUAAUGUGGAUAAUUAAACCGUUUUUUAAAUAUGUAAUAUUCACUAGAAAUUGUUCACUGUCAAGCUGUAUGUAGGUUACUCUUUUAGCGAGACGCCCAAAUUAUGUCUCACACAAAAAUCCUCGAUUACAGUGGCAACGAAAAUAGCUGAAAAAUAUGUCAAAUUGCCGAUUCCAAAAACUAUAGUUCUGUCUCUCCUAUUGUUUAAUAUUAAGAUAAUGAUGUUCUAUUCGAUUUAACAUUUUUCCAGAAAAAAAUUAAAAAAACGUAUUUUUGAAUACCUAAGUAGGCUCGUUUCACUGUGACUGUUAUCACAUUCAUGUAAUUAUACAGGCAAGUUGUCCUACAAACUCUUUUUUACUUUCUACCAGAUAAUACGCUCAAAAAUAUACUAGGUACAUUAAACAAUAUAAUAUUAUAGACCUGAUGUUACUUUUCGUUUCCGUCAUUAACUUUAUUUCGGUUAGACGCCCAUCGAUACGUCAUAUAGAAAAAUCUGGUGGUCAGUACAACUGUGAAUUUUUGUUAAAGAAAUAAUUAGGUGUCUGGGGUGUUAAAAUGAGUUCACUCAUAUAAAAUUUGCUUGACAGUGGAUAAUUCUAAAAAGUUAAAGGUAAUCCUGUCUAUGAUAAUGACAGAUAAGAAGGAAAGAGAUAAGAUUUUUUUCAUUCUCCAAAUUUCAUACUAAACCAAUAAAAUCCUAAUGAUCCAACAACUGUUUUAUCCAUCGAUACAUUGUGAUACAGGUCUAAUAGCUAGCCAUCUUGUUACAUCUGAAUAAACGAAGACCCUUACUAUAUCUUAAACUCGAACGAAUUGUUAAUUAUAAAUAAAAUAUCGACUUCAGUCAAUAAUUUGAAUGUAAUCUACGAUUUUAUCGUUACCGUGUUCUGUAUAUUUUUAAGCAUUUCGUAUUCUAUUGUCUGAGAACUUUUUCGAACAAUUAAUUGGAAAAUAUCAUUUAAGCGUUGUUGUGUAAUGUAGCAAACAUUUUGUAUUAAAAACCGAAUCACUUUCUUGUAAUUUGGUGUCCAUUUUACGUGCUAAUUAAAACAGUUAAUCAUAUUCGAAUAAAUUAAUGUCACGAACAACAAUAACGUCUCGAAUUUAAAAACAAAAUUGAAAUUUGUAUCAUCUUUACAUUUCAAUUCAUAUAUUAAAAACACGACAUUUCCCUGCACGCUGAAUUUAAAUGUCAAGCAAAAAAAAAAAAAAACUAAUUUUUCGAAACGGUUCUCAGAUGAAGUCGUCGACAGAGAAUUUUAUCAUACUAUAUUUCUCUUUUGUAUGAGUGAUUUGUGUUAAAGUGAUAUAUUAGUAACUACCUAAUUAAUUUUUUAAUAUAUCUACCUAAUGGUCUUGGUGUGAAUAAAGAUGUUGCUCAAACUGAAUAACUUUAAAAUAUGUGUGUAGUAACAAUGUACGGAAUUUAGUUCUGUGAUCCAAUAAAGUUAUAUAA